GGACUACAACUCCCAGCAGGCCCCAGGCGCGGACUACAACACCUCCCAGCAACCCCCACGCGCAGAGACGCCUGCUGUGUCUAUGAGACGCGGUGCUACCGUGGGCGCUACUGGGAGUUGUAGUUCGCGCUGGCGGCCUUAUGACCGGAAGUUAAUCAGUGUCUGGAGCAACAAGACUUCCAGUCCCAGCAUGCAGCGCGGCUCCUCCGUGACCGCUGUCUGAUUACCGGGGAUACAAGAUGCGGGGCUCUCGCAGUGCUGUGAAGGCUAUGUGGAGACGUUGAUGGAUCAGGUGGACACGGGGGCCGAGCAGAAUGGCGGAGGGCCGGGAUGACGGAGACUUCGACCUCGACCUCUUCUUUUUUGGCGCCGAGACCCCCGCCGUGCAGUCUGACAUCGUGUCGAUGCUGGAGCGCGGAGCGGAGCCGUGUCCAGGGGCGGAGCCGGCAGUCGCGAAGGGCGGAGUCGUGGCAAGCGGCCUUUGUGGUGGCCCCGCGGUGAGCUCCACUCAGACUCUUGCUCCAGUCCGUUCCAUGGCCCAGGAGCUCCAGCUGAUAAACAGCGAGCUGUCGUCCUGCUAUCCCAGAGAGCCCAGCUGGCCGGCGUGCGGCCCCAGCACCCUUCAGAUCACCCUGUCCAGGAGCUCUCCAGAAAAGGUGGUCCAGUCGGAACAGAGUCCCAGCGACAUCUCCAGCAUCAUCGCGCAUCUCCGGAGCCUGGCUAGCGAGACCUCGGAAAGCUUUGCCAUGCCGGAGCCUGUCCAUACGGACAAGAGUGACGCCGGUGCAGACGCCGGGACAGAAACCCCGCCGCUCUCCGCCAAACCGGACGGGACCGCCGAGUGUAACGCAGACGCGGCAGCCGCUUCGGCCCGCUAUCUGGACAAGCAGCUGGACUUACAGGGGAUCUUGGGGAGCGAGGCUGGCCAGCUCUCCGUUAUCGAUGGGGACGCAGCUCAUAAGGGGAAGUCGGCAGCAAAAACGUAUAUUUGUUCUUACUGUGGGAAGAGCUGUCCGUGCCGCUCCGCGUUCGUCCGGCACCAGCGGAUCCACACGGGGGAGAAGCCGUACCACUGCACCGAGUGCGGCAAGAGCUUUAUCCAGAGCUCGGAUUAUAACAAUCACGUGAGGUCGCACACCGGCGAAAAGCCGUACUCCUGCCCCGAGUGCGGCAAGAACUUCAGCCGCAGCACCUACCUCGUCACUCACACCAGAACGCACACCAAGGAGAAGCCGUACCUGUGCACGGUGUGCGGCAAAAGCUUCGUGCAGCAUUCCCACCUGGCGCUGCAUCUCCGGAUCCACAGCGGGGAGAAGCCCUACAUCUGCAUUGAGUGCGGAAACUGCUUCAGCCGAAGCUCCACUCUGGUCAAACACAAGAAAUCCCACAGGAGGAAAACCUUCCACGUCUACAAGCAAAAGAACGAGGAACACGUCCAGUGCAACUUCACGCAGAACAACCCUCCCGCGUGGGGGGCGCUGAUCGGCGAGAAGGAAGCCCGCCCCGCCAGUCUCAGCAUACAGGGGGUGAAAACCGAGGCCGACGAAGAACCCGAGUAUCUUCAGCAAGCAGAGGGCGGCGGCAGACGCUUCAAGGGCGAGAAGAUCGCCCGCAAACCCAUACGCACUACCCUGGGAAAGUACCUCGUCUACGAGAAGUGCCAGAACGCCGGCCUCGUAGCCCACAAAAGGAAGUGUCUGUGGAAGAAGAAGCCUCAGAAGCCGGACGAGAGUCCCAGGAGCCAAAAGACAUCCAGCCGUCCUGGCGACCGCGGUUCGAGUCCGGUGGGGAUGAUGGACGGUCCUAGAAAGGAGUGUCCUGAGAGUGUGAGUGAGAGCGCCGAGACCCCCACUUCACCCUCCGGACGUGAAGCGGCUGAGAAGGAUAUCCGUGGGGCGGAGGAAGCGCGUCCGCCGCGCCAAGACGCCGACAGUAACUGCGCCGAAGCCAACAAAACAAGCGUGAGAGGGACCCCGAGCUUCCGGGGACCCGGCAGCGCCGACGUCACCGGAACCCUCGACCCCCUGCAGGGAAAACCGAAAUCGGCCUACGUCUGCAACUACUGCGGCAAGAGCUGCCCCUGCCGGUCGGCGUUUCUCCGUCACCAAAGGAUCCACACCGGCGAAAAGCCCUAUUCCUGCUCGCAGUGCGGAAAGAGCUUCAUCCAGAGCUCCGACUACAACAACCACCUGCGGUCGCACACGGGGGAGAAGCCGUACGCCUGCGGCGAGUGCGGGAAGCGCUUCAGCCGAAGCACCUACCUAAUGACACACACCAGGAUCCACACCAACGAGAAGCCGUACGGCUGCGCCGUGUGCGGCAAGAACUUCGUGCAGCACUCGCACCUCACCAUCCACCUGCGCAUCCACAGCGGAGAGAAGCCCUACGCCUGCUCCAGCUGCGGCAAAAAGUUCAGCCGCAGCUCCACGCUCGUUAAGCACCAGCAAUCGCACGAGAAGAAGCUGCCGGCCGCCGAGACCACGCCAGAGUCUGGCACCGGGAACCCGGGCCGGGCGCUCGGACUCAAAUCUGAGCCUCGGAACUGA